UCAUAGCUACCAACAUUAAAGCUAGGAUGACAUAUGAAUAACCUCAAAUUUUGAUCCAAAACACUUUAUUCUGUGAUAUUUAAUUUAUGAUAAUUAUUUAACAAUGACUAUUUUGAACGCGCUAAAAGUAGCAAAUGCCUUUAGGAAUGUUAAUAAGUCAGGCAUAACACAAAUUGAGAAAUACUCAUCAUAUGUCAAAUAUGCAGAACACAAGGCUCUGGAAAGGAUUAGGAACAUUGGUAUCUCAGCCCACAUUGACUCCGGCAAAACUACACUCACAGAGCGAAUAUUGUUCUACACCGGCAGAAUAGAUGCUAUGCAUGAGGUAAAAGGCAAAGACAAUGUAGGCGCCGUCAUGGACUCCAUGGAACUUGAGCGACAAAGAGGCAUCACUAUCCAAUCAGCAGCCACAUACACAAUCUGGAAGGACCACAAUAUCAACAUUAUUGACACACCGGGCCAUGUAGACUUUACCGUUGAGGUGGAGAGAGCGUUGAGAGUGUUGGACGGGGCGAUAUUGGUGUUGUGCGCUGUUGGUGGUGUCCAGAGUCAAACAUUGACGGUUAAUAGGCAGAUGAAGAGAUACAAUGUACCAUGCUUGGCGUUUAUUAAUAAACUGGAUAGAUUAGGGGCUAAUCCAGAAAGGGUACUAAAACAAAUGAGGUCCAAACUAAACCACAACGCAGCAUUCCUCCACCUACCGAUCGGCCUCGAGAAAGAGUGCCAAGGGAUUCUAGAUCUUAUUGAAGAGAAAGCUAUAUACUUUGACGGUGAUUAUGGCGAGAAGGUGCGAUUGGAUGAGGUUCCACAGGAUAGGAGGGCUGAAGUGCAGGAGAGGAGGCAUGAGUUGAUUGAGCAUUUGUCUAAUGUUGAUGAAAGUUUAGGUGAACUGUUUCUCGAAGAAAAGGCCCCAACCGUCUCCGACAUCAAAGGCGCCGUACGCCGCUCGGCGCUCAAACGUACCUUCACCCCCGUACUGCUCGGCACAGCUCUCAAAAAUAAAGGAGUCCAACCUCUAUUAGACGCUGUAUUGGAAUACCUUCCCCAUCCAGGGGAAGUAGAGAACACAGCCACGCUAAACGAGAAGAAAGGCCAGGAAGGGGAGACGAUAGUGUUAGACCCCGCAAGGAAUGGGGACAAACCGUUCGUGGGCUUGGCCUUCAAGCUGGAAGUGAGCAAGUUUGGGCAGCUGACGUAUUUGAGGUGUUACCAGGGGAUGUUGAAGAGGGGGGACAAUAUAUUCAAUGCGAGGACUGGGAAGAAGGUUAAAAUCUCUCGCUUAGUCCGCAUGCACUCGAGCAACAUGGAAGAAGUCAAUGAGGUAUUCGCCGGCGACAUAUUUGCACUUUUCGGUGUAGACUGCGCAUCGGGCGACACAUUCGUUAACGACGGACGACUGAAUCUCGCUAUGGAGUCUAUCGUCGUACCUGACCCUGUCGUGUCUAUGGCCAUCAAGCCGAAGAACAACAAGGAUAGAGAUAACUUCUCUAAAGCUGUCGCUAGGUUCACCAAAGAAGACCCGACAUUCCAGUUCCGUUACGACAGCGACAACAAGGAAACCAUCGUUUCGGGUAUGGGCGAGCUGCAUCUAGAGAUAUACGCGCAGAGAAUGGAGAGGGAAUACAACUGCCCCGUGGAGCUUGGGAAACCUAAGGUCGCCUUCAGAGAAACGAUGAUGUCUCCUUGCACAUUCGACUAUCUACACAAGAAGCAGUCGGGAGGCGCUGGUCAAUUCGCCCGUGUUUGUGGUGUAAUGGAGCCCUUACCACCCCAUCAGAAUACCAUGCUCGAGUUUGUGGACGAGACCGUAGGCACGAACAUACCCAAGCCGUUCGUGCCAGGCGUAGAGCGCGGCUUCAUCGACACGUGUCAAAAGGGUUACCUGUCUGGACACAAGAUAUCUGGCGUCAAGUUCCGACUCCAAGAUGGCGCCCAUCAUAUCGUGGAUUCUAGCGAGCUGGCGUUCUUCUUGGCUGCUAAAGGAGCCGUUAAAGAUGUAUUCGAAGAAGGUGCCUGGCAGAUCCUCGAGCCCAUCAUGUACGUGGAAGUGACCAUGCCCGAAGAGUUCCAUGGGACAGUCAUUGGCCAGCUGAACAAGCGAGGCGGCAUUAUUACUGGAAACGAGGGAGCGGAAGGCUGGACCACGGUGUAUGCUGAGGUCCCGCUGAAUAACAUGUUUGGAUACGCUGGAGAACUGAGAUCAAUGACACAAGGCAAGGGUGAGUUCAGCAUGGAAUACAGCCGCUACUCCCCCUGCCUCCCCGACGUACAGGAACAACUCAUCAGGAAAUACCAGGAGGAAAUGGGCAUAGUCCCCGAUAAAAAGAAAAACAAAAACUAACCGCCUUUAGAAUUAUUUACUAGGUCAUUUUUGUAAGCAAUAAAUGUUUAUUUAUUAAUCUA